CCCGCCUAUCAGAACCUGAGACAGCGCGUUGACAACUUUGUUGCAAACCACUUGGCCGCUCAUACUUGGAGCCCUCAUCUUAACAAGAACCAACUAAGAAACAAUAUUAGACAGCAAGUCCUCAAAUCGGGAAUGCUGGAAUCUGGUAUCGACCGAAUUAUUUCUCAGGUUGUGGAUCCAAAGAUCAACCACACAUUCAGACCUCAGGUGGAGAAAGCUGUGCAUGAGUUUUUGGCCACACUCAAUCACAAAGAGGAAGCAGGUAGCAGCACAGCUCCUGCCGACGAGAAACCAGACUCUUCCACCAUUACACAAGGUGUCCCUGCUCCUGGGCCCAGUGCUAACGUAGCCAGUGAUGCCAUGUCAAUCUUAGAAACCAUAACUUCUCUUAACCAGGAAGCUAGUGCUGCCCGGGCCUCAACAGAAAUGUCGAAUCCCAAGACUGGUGAGAGAGUGUCCAAAAAACUCUCUUCUCAACUGAGCACUGACAUUAGUACUGAUAAAGAAAAAGCUUUAGAGGACACAGCUGACAAAGAAAAAACUUCACCUGACUGUGGAGGAGAAGGCCUGGAAACAGCCCCGAAGUCCGAAGAACUUGGUGAUCUUCAAGGUCCAGCUGAAGAAAUAAAAAAUCACGUGAAAGAGAAUAAUAGCUUGAUUCUGCUAAAUAAGGAUGUUCAGCAGGAAAGCAGUGACCAGAAAAAUAAAUCAGCAGAUAAAGGUGAAAAGAAACCAGACAGCAAUGAUAAAGGAGAAAGAAAAAAAGAAAAGAAGGAAAAAACUGAUAAGAAAUUGGAUUACUCAAAAAGGAGUGAAGAUACUCUAAAAGUAAAAGAUGAAAAACAAGCAAAGGAAAAAGAAGUGGAAGGUGCUAAACUUCCUUCAGAAAAGAACAGUAAUAGAGCUAAGACUGUCGAAGGGACCAAAGAAGAUUGUUCUUUGAUAGAUUCUGAUGUGGAUGGUCUUACAGACAUCACAGUUAGCUCUGUUCAUACCAGUGACCUUUCGUCUUUUGAAGAAGACACUGAGGAGGAAGUUGUCAUGUCUGAUAGCAUGGAAGAAGGAGAGAUUACAUCAGAUGAUGAAGAGAAGAGCAAACAGAAUAAAACAAAAGCUCAAACUAGUGAUUCCAGCGAGGGAAAAGCGAAAAGUGUACGGCAUGCUUAUGUUCACAAACCGUAUCUUUACUCGAAGUACUACAGUGACUCUGAUGACGAGCUCACUGUAGAACAACGGCGACAGUCCAUUGCAAAAGAAAAAGAGGAAAGACUUUUAAGAAGGCAAAUUAAUAGAGAGAAACUUGAAGAAAAACGAAAACAGAAAGCAGAAAAGACCAAGUCUUCCAAAGGGAAAAGUCAAGGCAAAAAUAAUGUGGAUGUAGAAGAAUCAGCAACAAAGAGUUUGGAACCAAAGGCCCCUAGAAUUAAAGAAGUUCUUAAAGAACGGAAAGUUUUAGAAAAAAAAGUAGCCUUAAGCAAAAAAAGAAGGAAAGAUUCAAGGAACACUGAAGAGAAUGCCAAAAAGAAACAGCAGUCUGAAGAAGAUUCUAAAGAAACCCUCAAAACAAGUGAGCACUGUGAAAAGGAAAAGGCAUGUUCUUCAAAGGAACUGAAGCAUGCUCAUGCAAAGAGCGAACCAAGUAAGCCUGCCCGGAGACUUUCAGAGUCCUUACAUUCUGCUGAGGAAAACAAAAAUGAAUCCAAAGCAGAGAGAGAGCAUAAAAGGCGGACAUCCACCCCUGUUGUCAUGGAAGUGGCGCAGGAAGAAACUGACACAAGAGAUGGAAAAAGGCAAAUGGAACGCUCAGAAAUAGGCACAGAAGAACCCCAGAAACAGAAAAACACACUAAAAAAUGAAAAGCAUCUAAAGAAAGAGGAUUCUGAAGUGUCACAUUUGAAAAGCCUCCCUAAGAAAGAGGCAAAAUCCUCCAAGGAGAAGCCUGAAAAAGAAAAAACUCUGUCAGAAGAAAAACUGUCUACGAAACAUAAAUAUAAGGGUGACAGCACACACAAAACAGGUGAUGAGACUGAAGCACACUCUGCUGAAAAAGGUUUAAAAGUAGAGGAAAAUACCCAGAAGCAAAGUCAACAAACAAAGCCUUCCUCAGAUGAGAAAGCUGAACGAAAAAGUAAACACAGGAAUGAAAGGAAGUUGUCAGUUUUAGGCAAAGAUGGAAAGCCAGUUUCUGAAUAUAUCAUAAAAACAGAUGAGAAUGUGCGUAAGGAGAACAACAAAAAAGAGAGACAUUUGUCAACUGAAAAAACUAAAGCAGAGCACAAGUCAAGAAGAUCAAGUGACACCAAGGUUCAGAAAGAUGCCCUGAGUUGCAAGCAGCAUGCUGCCACGUUACAGCGAAGAAGUGAAAGUUAUUCAGAAGAUAAAUGUGAUACAGACUCAAGUAAUUUAGACAGCAAUUUAAAGCCAGAAGAGCUUGUUCACAAGGAGAGGAGAAGAACGAAGAGCUUGUUGGAAGAUAAACUUACGUUGAAGUCUAAAUCAAAAGGUCAAGGCAAACAAUUAAAAGUUGCUGAAACAGAGUUACAAGAAAGUGUCACAAAACAGGGGGCCGCUCCAAAACCAGAGAAGGAAAAGACCGUAGAGGAAAACGACCCAGAAAAACAGCGCAAGGCUAAAGUUGAAGACAAACCUGUAGAAGAAACUGGUGUUGAACCUGCAUCAGAGAGUGCUGCUUCUUCACAUAGUGUGCCGAAAGAUUCCAGUCACAAAGCUAAAUUAUUGGUAAAGGAGAAGUAUAAAGGCGAGAAGGAUUCAAGCUCCUCCAGACUUGAGAGGAAGUUAUCAGAUGGGCACAAAAGCAGAAGCGUAAAGCAUAGUAGUAAAGACGUGAAAAAGAAGGAAGAAAAUAAAGCAGAGGACAAAGAUGGUAAAGAAACUGACAGUAACCAUGAAAAGUUGAGAGGGAAUGGUUCAGUUAUAGAAAAGAAGUUAAGUAGAAGGUUGUGUGAAAAUCGAAGAGGAAGCCUGUCACAGGAAAUGGCCAAAGGAGAAGAAAAAUUAACAAAUACUCCGGGUACUCCCAAUAGUUCCUCCCUUCAGAGAUCAAAAAGAAGUGGUGAUACAUCAAUCCCUGAACAGGAGCCAAUGGAAACUGAUUCUGAAGCAGGUGUUGCAAAUGUAUUUGAAGUAUCUAAAACCCAAGACAACAGCAAUAAUAGUUCUCAGCAAGACAUUGACUCUGAAAAUGUCACAAAACAAAAAACUGCUACCCUAGUUCUAAAGGAUGAAUUAAAAACUUCCACCACAGAUGCAAAACCAGCUGCAGCCUGUAAAUCGGGCCGUGGGACAGGAGUGUGUAGCAAUUCAGAAAAGCAUACUGACCAUAAAAGCACCUUGGCCAAGAAAGUACAUAUCCAAAGUGCAGUAUCCAAACCAAAUCCCAGGGAGAAAGAGCUCAUUCAACAGGGAGCGCAUGAAAUGAAUGUAGACUCGGAAAUAAGUCAUAGACUGUUGCCUAAUAUCCCUUCGGAAAGUGAUAGGCUGCAGAAGGACUUGAAAAGCACAGCCAGACCCACUGAGGAGCGUGUUGCUCAAGGAGAUGCUACUCUUGAACAUUCCACAGAUACAAACGCCUCAUUGACCUUAAGUUCAGUGAACGCUGUGCCUCAGAAUGAACCUCAUGCUUCAGAUGUAAUUCCUGUAACUGACAGAACUGUUUCAGAAGGGGGCGUAGGCAGCACCUCCUUUGUGGCUCCCUCUGAUCCCCCUAACCAAAGCUUAACUGUUAAGAAAUCAGAGGUCCCUGGGACAAGUGCUAGCGAAGAAGGUAGUGAAGGUUCCUCAGCGGAAGCAGGCGUGGCUGGCAGAAGUCACGUUCCAGAAGGCCACCAGGCCACACCACUGGACGGUGACGAUGGAAAAGUGAAUACACCUCUUGCUAGCAAGUCCACAGACAUGACUGAGAAAAACAGCCUUAGCAAAGACGGCUUGCUGGAUACAACAAAGAAGGAAAAUGACUUAAGUGGAGAGCCCGCUGUGAAGCAGACAGUUAGAGCUACAGACAGAAAUGAGGAAACUGUCGAUCUUAAGCAUAGUUGUAGCCCAGGGGAAAUAAACAUAGCAGCUGGUGCAGAAAGAAGGAACCAGAGCACUGAAGUAGACACCAGUGGUGAUGGUGAUGCUGCACCCUCCAUUUUGCAACGAAGGAGUGGAGUAGCUGGGUUUGAUAGAGCAGAAAAGGCUUCCGUUCCCACUAGCACUGAAGGGAAGGACCAAGGCAUCGCUUUAAACCCAGGAAAGGGUGGAGAUGCCACCACUACCUCUUCAGAAACAGCAGAGAGUGGAAUGGCUCUGCCAUGCACCAGCAUCGAGGCAGACGAAGGCGUCACGCCGGGUGCGUGCACCAUAAGCAAUCCCCUCCAGGCUGGGGCAGAAGCCAGUGAGUGCACCGUUUUUGCUGCAGCUGAAGAGGGUGGGGGUAUUGUCACUGAAGGGUUUGCUGACAGUGAAACUCUCCUCACAAGCACCAAGGAAGGUGAAAGUGCAGAGUGUACCGCGGCUGAAUCGGAAGAUGGAGCCGCAGGCGCCACAGCUACUCACAUAGGUGCAGUGGAAGCCAGUGUGAACAGCGUUGUGUCUGAAGAAAAAGAUGACGCAGUGACCAGCGCGGGCUCUGAGGGCAAAUGUGAUGGUUCUUCAAGCAGGGACUCAGAAAUAGCUGAAGGGACUGGUACUUCUGUUAGUGAGGUUGAAAGCGACGGAGCAGUUACAAGUGCUGGGACAGAAAUAAGGACAGGGUCCAUGAGCGGUGAAGAGGUUGAUAGAACCCAGGGAGACAGGACAAGAAUGGGCCCCAAAAAAGAGACAGAAGGCACCGUGACAUGUACGGGAGCAGAAGGCAGAAGUGAUAACUUUGCUAUCUGCUCUGUAACAGGAGCAGGGCCUGGGGAGGAGCGCAUAGCCCCAGGGGCCGAGGUGGUCCUGAUAGGUGAUGACGCACCCCCUGGUACAAGUGCCGACCAGGAGGGCAGUGGUUCCGUGAUCGAUGGUGCGGAAGGCGAGAGCGCAGUCACUAGCACAGGCAUAAUGGAGGAGGACGGGGAGGGGCCGGCGAGCUGCACAGGCUCGGAAGACAGCAGUGAGGGCUGCCUGAUAAGUUCUGAAACAGAAGGGAGUGGAGAGAGUGCGAUGGCCAGCACGGUGGCCAAAGAAGUCACUAAUACCCCCGUGGUCGCUGCUGGCCCCUGCGAUGAUGAAGGCAUUGUGACGAGCACAGGCGCAAAGGAGGAGGAUGAUGAGGGGGAAGGCGUCGUAACUAGUACUGGGAGAGGAAAUGAAAUUGGACAGGCUUCAACUUGCUCAGGUAUGAUAGGCGAAGAAAGUGAAGGGGUGGUGAUUUGUGAAAGCGCAGAAGGGGACGGUCAGGCUGGUCUCACAGCAGACCACGUGGACACUGAGGCUGGGGCUGCCCUCCUGAAUGCAAAUGAAAGUAACAUUGAUAGUGUGAGUGCUGCAGAGAAAGAAAUCAAAGAGACGGAGAUCUGCUCCAGCGCCAAAGGGAUCGUAGAAAGUAGUGUGACCAGCGCAAUUGCAGGAAAGAGCGAAGUGGCACCAGUUGCAGGGGGUUGUGAGGGUCCCAUGACAAGCGCAGCUUCUGAUCAAAGUGGCAGUCAACUCACUAGGAAGGAAAAGGCUGAAGAUGCCACCAUUUCCACUGGCCUGGUGGAGGGCAGUUACGAUGUUCCUGUAUCUGGUGCCGCCCUGGAAUGUGAUGUUGAUCAUACAUCACCCAGUGAAAAAGAAGAUGAAGGCAUCAUCACCUCUGUAGAACAUGAAGAGUGUGAUGACCUCAUGGCUACGACAGUCAGUAAUGGUAUUUCCAACCAAGACAGCCUACCUGACGGGAAAAGUCAAGGCAAAGGUGUGAUGAUUUCCACCAGUACAUCGAAUGAUCACGCCCCGCAGGGGAGCACGGUUAUAGAGGGAGGAGAAGGCCAUUCAAGUACCCUGAGAAAGGAAGAAAACAUGGAAGGCACCAGGGUAAGCAUGGAGGAAUUUGAGGUCCCCACACCCAGUGCAGUUUCAGGUGAUGCAAGCCAACUUCCUGCUAGCAGAUGCGAGGAAAAAGACGAGUGUGCCAUGAUUUCCACAAGCAUAGGGGAAGAGUGCGAAGUGCCUAUUUCCAGUGCAGUGACCAUCACAUGUGCUGAAAGUCAGCAGCCAGUUGCAGUGGUUGAGGAAAGAGCUAAAGGCCCCGUCUUGGUAAGCACUGAGGACUUCGAGGUGCCUAUGCCUAGUGCUCCUGCAGAAGUUGAAAGUCCUCUUGCCUCAACCAGCAAGGAGGAGAAGGAUGAAUGUGCUCUCAUUUCCACCAGCAUAGCGGAAGACUGCGAGGCCUCCGUUUCUGGGGUAAGUGAAAACACACAGUCUGUUACAGACGGAAGUGCUGUUAUCUCAACAAGCUCGGUGGAAGACUGUGAGGGCUCUGUGUCCAGUGCUGUCCCUCAGGAGGUCGUCUGCCCUUUGGGCACAGCAGCAGAAGAGACAAAUGACACUGCCAUGAUUUCCACGAGCACUUCUGAAGGGCGUGAAGCAGUCAUGGUUGGUGCUGUCCCCCUGGAUGAAGGCCAAGCCAGCACCGCAAGGAUGGAAGACUCCAGCGAUGCUGCAAUCAUCUCCACUAGUACAGCGGAGUGUGUGCUGAUGGGAGCCAGCCUGGACCGGCGCAGAGAGACUCAGCCUGCUGCAGACAACCCCGAAGGAGGCAAUGAGCUGUCGGUGGCAAGAGGGAGCAAGUGUGAGAUCCCCAUGCCCAGCCUAAUUGCUGACAAUAACAGUCAGUGCCCUGGGCUGAUGGCAGGAGACCAGAAAGGGGGCGCCGUGCUGGCAGUGAGCACUGAGGAAGGGCGUGACCGGCUGCCGGUCUGUGAACCUUCAGCGGGCCAGCCAAGUGCCGAGUGUGCUGAUGACGGGGAGAAGCACGGCAAGGGCUGCCCUGGGCAGCACCCUUUCUCAGCGGAAAGACAAAACCAGAGCUCCGUGCAUCUCCCAGAUGCAGAAAACAAAAGUGUGUCUUUGAGUACCGUUCAGACUGAGGACAAACGUCCAGAGGCCGAGAUGGCAGAGGGUAGUGGUAUGGCCCAUUGUCCAGCAGGAAGGGGCACAGAGAGGAGUGCUGCCUCAUCCGCCCAACUGCACAGACCAGAGCAGACGUGUGGGCAGCCAGAUGAGGGCCUUUCUGUGAGCACUCACUCUUUGGCAGCAGUGAAUACCGGUGCUAAAAAAGCUGAUGACAUGCCACCCGUCAGAGACACUGCUGCAGAGUACUCCUCUCCUGCCUCUGACCAGCAAGGUCCUGAGGACAACUUGAAAACCACUGCCACCAAAGUUGUUACAGGCCAAGAGUCAGAACUUGCUCCUGCCCGCUCGGCGGUCCUUCCAGCUGCCUACCAGGUCACUCAGUCGGCUGUGGGAAUCGAGGGAGACGUGACUACAGAGAGUGACCACGCUAGCCAACAGACUGGUGAUGCCGCAUGUGCCGAGGAAACGGAGCAGGGGCGCAGCACGAGGACAUCACUGCCCAGGGAAAGCGGCCUUGAGGACACUGUGCGUGCUGAACAGAAUUGUUGUGACACAGGCAAUGCGAAGUCUCCAGAGGUUUCAGAAGAUUCAGAACUGACAGCCAACUUGAAAACCAAGACAUUCGUGCCUUCAGAGGAAGAAAAAAAUCAUGAAAUGCUCGCAGUACGAGAAAGUGAGUGUGAGGGAAAGCCAAGUGGAAUGGCUGAACUACAGAGAAAACCUCCAUUGCUGAAUGAAUCCCUAAAUGUUGAGAACUCUGGCUCACAAACAGAUGAAGAAAUUCCUAAUAAAUCUUGCAACAAAGGAGAGAUAUCCAGUGAUAGAAAUGGCAACUCGGAAACUAUAAGAAGUCACAGUAUUGAAGCAAGCCCUAAAGAGGUUGAAGAAGAACAGAGGCAUAUCCCUAAAAGAAUGGCAAAGAAGCACUCCCCUUCCUCAGAAGAUGAACUGGAUGAUAAUCCAGAUGUCCUGGAUUCCAGAAUAGAAACAGCGCAGAGACAGUGCUCUGAAACUGAGCCUGAAGACACAAAGGAAGAGAACCCCGGAGAUUUGGAAGAAUUGUCUAAAACAAAUUCUGAGACGAGCAGCACUGCUUCAAGGGCUGUGGAGGAAAGGGAUGAGUUGAGCAGCAGUGAGGCUGCUGGUGAAAAGACGGAGCAGAAUGAAGAUGAUGGCAUCAAGUCACAAGAGGAAGAUCAACCAAUAAUUAUUAAAAGGAAAAGAGGAAGACCUCGUAAAUACCCUGUGGAAAUAACGUUAAAAACAAAGGACGAUUCCAAAACAGACACUGGCAUUAUCUCUGUAGAGCAGUCUCCACCUAGUAGCAGCAAAUUGAAAGUAACACAGGCAGAUGAGUCCAGUAAAGAAACAGCUAACCUAGAAAGAAGUACAAGCACUGAUGACAGUGAAGAAAAAACAAUAGCAAGUGCUCGUCGGAGAGGAAGAAAGCCCAAACGUUCGCUCACUCUGUCGGAUGAUGCUGAAUCCUCAGAGCAGGAAAGAAAACGCCAGAAAUUGGUUUCUGAAUCAACUGAGGACAAGAAAGAUCAGGAGUCUGACGAGGAAGAGGAAGAAGAGGAAGAGGAUGAGCCCUUGGGAGCCACUACACGGUCCAGCACCAGAUCAGAGGCACAGAGAUCAAAGACUCAGCUCUCCCCUUCUACCAAGCGCAAGAGAGAAGUCAGCCCUCCCGGGGCCCGGACUCGAGGCCAGCAGAGAGUAGAAGAAGGCCCCGUGAAGAAGACGAAGCGGUAAUCCCAACCGGCGCCUUCCAUGGCCCGCUGAGGGACACUGGAGAGGAAGGGAUGAGCCUCGGGGCCACAGGCUUUUUUUUUAACCGAGAAACGGAUAUGCAUGUGCUGUAAGUUCCUAGGUGCAAGCUUUUUCUUGUUAUGUUUUAAACAGCUUUAUAAACUCUUGUUCAUAGAAGAUAUUAUGUACAUUUAUUUCAGAUAAAGGAAAAUAAGUUUACUUGUAUCUGAACUCAAAACAAAGUAGUUGUAUAUUUUAACAUUCAAAAUUGGGAUUUCCCAAUGUGACACGUCACUAAAGCAAACCCUUCCAGCCCAUUAGACACCAGGCUGCCGACUGGUGAUCUGUGUAUAGUAUAUAAACAUGUAAAAAUAGGUUGUAUUUUACUCUAUGUAUGAUGCUAAUCAAUGAACACUUUAUUUAUUUUACAGAGAAAACUUAUCUGUGAACUUUACUAUAUAUCUGUUUAUUUUAUUUUAUUAUUUUUUUUAAUAAAAAGGGUUUUAAAUGCUAUGCAGUCAUUAGUAGAAACUUUUGUAGGACUCUGCCUGCCCUGUAACUGUCCGACUGUGACCCAGCAGGAACACAGAAACUCUCGCAUGUAUCCGAGUAGAGUAGUUUAGCUAAAGGAAGGGUCUCCACUGCUUUUCUGUUCACAGUCAGGACUGCUUUUUAAGAAUGUAACUUGUUUUUAGAUUAUACUUGCAUCUGUGGCUUUGCCACCGGCCCCUGUGACGUUAGAGGUUCUGGUUCAGGUAGAGUCCCCCAUCUCCUGCAGCAGCGCCCUCUGUGGGCGUUCGCCCCUCCCCCACCCCGUGCUUCCGGAAGCUUCCGGAGAUCCCUCCUGUCUCAUCUCUCCACAAAGGGAAGCGCGUUGCCGAGUAGGUCACUCCUACCUGCUCAGCUCCAGGGUUUCAUGUUGUUUUUAUACAGUUAUUUCAGGAUAGAAGCUGGUUUUACUGCCAGGUUCUUUUUUAAACAUGUUUUAACUUCCAUGUGAGCAAACUGUCCAACCUAAGUUUUUCAUAAAAUUAAACUUUUCUUAAAGUCAGAUCUGUCUUUUGCAAUGAGGUGAUGAGUUGCCAAAUAAUUGAGAUUAUUUUAAAAUGUUUUGUUCACGUUCUUGUUUUAUAAUUAAAAUAUACAUUCAGUGUA